UAUUAUGAUCCCAACUCAAGUAGCCACGUUGAUUCUGGUCAUCAUAAUUUGAUUUUUAUGGUUUAUUACUUGUAAUUUUCUAGUUACCUAUAUUGUAAAUGAUAUUAUGUCAUAUAAAUCUUUUUUUUUUUAUAGUUUAAAAUUCGGGCUAUCUGCAGUCUGAUAAGUAGUAAUUAAUACUUUAUUCUAUGUUUAUACCUACUACACAUAACCACAGAUCAAUAUUUAACAAAAUAAUUUCUUAGCCAGUUAUCAUUUUUCUCAAUACAUUCCUUUGUGAAUACCUAUUGCCUAUACAUUGAUCAACUGACUAUGGAUGAUGUGAAUUAUUCUGGUAAAGAAUUCGAUAACUAUUAUGGUGUUGUUUUUAAAAAUAAUAAUGAAGACAAAAUAAAUACCUCAUAUAAUUUAUUAAAUACAGAAUAUAUAGAAAAACAACACGUAAAAGUUUGCCAAGUGUUUUUAAGAAAAGUGUUUACAUUACUGAUACUUCAACUCUUUGCAUUCAACUUUAUGGGAUUUUUUUGUUUAUUUACACCGAAAAUACGUUUUUUUAUUUAUAAUUUUGAAUAUAUGUUAUCAAUCACAUUAAUAUUAAAUGUGGUUGUACUAAUUUUUUUACACAUGAAACGCAAGCAAUAUCCUGCUAACCUUAUAAUCUUAAUAAUUUUUACUGUUAUAGAAGCUUGUACUGUAGGGAUUGUAGUCACAUCAUUUGAUUUAUUCAUACUGCUACAAACAUUAAUACUCACCUUAGUUUCAAUGAUUGGAGUAACAUUAUAUUUGAGUAAGACUAAGAGAGUUGGCUUAUCCUUGACUGAAUAUUGUGUUCUGCUGGUUUUUACUAUAUUUUUGUCUGGUGUAUUAGUACAAAUAAUUCUGGGCAGUACCACAUAUGAACUACUGUUUUCGAGUAUCAGUUCAUUAUUAUUUUCAAUGUUCCUUGUACAUGAUGCUCAGAAAUUAAUGUGGAAAUUACAUCCUGAAGAUUAUAUUUUUGGUACUAUUAGUAUAUAUUUUGAUGUAAUCAAUUUAGUUCCUUAUGUACUUCAUAAAGUCUACUACUUUAGGGUAUAAAAUAAUAUAAUUUUAAAAUCAAAAGAUGAAUAGAUUAUA